AGAACGAAAGAAUGAAAGAAGAGAAAAGAGAUAGAUAAAGAAGAAAUAGGGAAUAAUUCUGUGCUUAUAUAUAUAUAUAUAUAUACAUGAUAAAUACAUUCUGUCUGUUGUGUUACGCGUCGAAGUUACAUAUGUACAUAUGUAUGUAUGUACGUGAGUAAAUAAUAAAGUAGAAAUGUCGUGUGUUAGUGUAUUGUAAAAGAGAAAAUCAAAACGGGGGAUGAUUAUUAAAUAUGUUUUUCCAACGUCCGAACGGAAAAUGACGAGGAUCGAACGAAUCCUCGAAGCCAUCGAUCAUCCUCUGAAAUGAGAGAGAAAGAUAGAGAGAGAGAGAGAGAGGCAGACAGAUAGAGCCAGAGAGCCAGAGAGAGAGAGAGAGAGAGAGAGAGAAAGAAAGAGAAAGACGAAAAUAGUGAGGAACGCGCGUGAACGACGAUAAUGUCCAAUCCUGACGAUUGUCCUUGAUAGCGAUCGUAUAAAAGACAUUUUGGAUUUCCAUUUAGGAUAUUUGUUAGUGAACGAAGAUGGCAGACGAUGAGGGAACCGAAUGGCUUCAAGAACUUUUGCACGAUGUACAACUUACCCAGUUCUUUACAAGAAUAAGGGACGAUUUACAGGUCACCCGGUUGCAUCAUUUUGAUUAUGUUCAACCAGAAGAUUUAGAAAAGAUUGGAUUGGGCAAGCCUGGCAUUAGAAGACUUUUAGAUGCUGUUAAGAAGAGACGUAAUACUCAAUGGAAAAAGAAUUUAAUUACUAAAAUUAGACCCGGUGGUAGUACCAAAAGUAAUAAAAGAUCUUCUCAGCCUACCGAAGGAUCAUCUGUGCUAACAUGUCUUAUCCAGGACAAAGAUGUGACUUUAUCCAUUAAAUUAGGUGACGGUAGUUUUGGUGUGGUAAGGCGAGGAGAAUGGAUGUCACCUACUGGUCGAACAUUACCUGUUGCUGUAAAAGUUUUAAAGGCUGACGCUUUGACCCAACCAAGUAUUAUAGAAGAUUUUGUAUCCGAAGUUCAGGCGAUGCAUACUUUGGAUCAUCACAAUCUUAUAAGGUUAUACGGAGUUGUACUGUCUCAGCCUAUGAUGAUGGUAACAGAACUUGCACCUUUAGGAGCUCUCUUGGAUUAUUUGCGAAAACAAUUCUGCCGUAUAUCUGUAUUAACAUUAUGUAAUUAUGCAUUACAAGUAGCAACUGGUAUGGCAUAUUUGGAGGCCAAACGUUUUCUUCACAGGGAUCUAGCUUGCAGGAAUGUUCUUUUAAGUACAGUGGAUAAAGUGAAAAUAGGCGAUUUUGGUUUGAUGAGAGCGCUGCCUCAACAAGAGGAUUGUUAUGUUAUGACGGAACAUAAGAAAGUACCGUUCCCAUGGUGUGCUCCUGAAUCUUUAAAGGCACGGCAAUUUAGUCACGCUUCGGACGUAUGGAUGUUCGGCGUGACGUUAUGGGAAAUGUUAACGUUCGGAGAAGAACCAUGGGUUGGAUUAAAUGGAUCAGAAAUUCUUCGUAAGAUAGAUAGAGAGGGAGAAAGAUUGCACGAGCCUGAAGCAAUGCCACCUGUAAUGUAUGAUCUUAUGUUACGUUGUUGGGCCAGAGAACCCUCGGAAAGACCAAGUUUUGCUUCUUUGAAAGAAUUGUUAACUGGAAUGGUACCGUCGAUAAUGAAGGCCUUAAGUGAUUUCGAGGAAACUGAAAAAAUGACUAUUGAGCAGGGUGAUCAAAUCGUUAUCAUAGAUGGUAGACCUGAAAAUUAUUGGUGGAAGGGACAAAAUCAAAGAACUUAUCAAGUUGGUCUAUUUCCUCGUUGUUUGGUCGAUCCAAUGAGAAAGAAGCAACCAGAGGAUAUUAGUAAACCUUUAGAAAAUUCUUUUAUUCAUACGGGACACGGUGCUCCCUUUGGAAAAAGUUGGGGUAGUCCUAUUUAUAUAGAUGAUGUUUAUCUACGAAAUCCAAUGGAACCGCCAGACAUCGUAGCUGUGGCCGGUGUUACGGAUAAUCAAAAGAAAAAAUUUUCUUGCGGCACGCCACGUUCUCGUAAACAAUUUAAUUACACGAAACUACAAAACGACAUAAGGGCUAGUCCUGUGAAAUCAAUUGUUCCUGUACCUGGUACCAGUCAAGAGGGUAGUCUAAUAGAUUUAUCACCAGAGGAAAUAACUAAUACAAAUUCAUCUCACUCUGAUACAACAUGUCGACGUGUUAUUAAUAUUCUUGAUGAGCCUAUAGAAACGGUCGAAACGAACCCAAGAACCCAAGAAGAAAAUAAUCAACAGGAAGAUCCUCGAACGUAUGCUAAUUUCCCGGGUAAUCUGGAUCCAACAUAUUCCGAUCCAUUUGAUACCUCUUCCGUAUUUAUGAAACCACCGCAUUCUCGUUAUUACAGUCACGUACCAUCCGAUCUGACUAAUCAUUAUAAUAAGACCCAAUCGUAUGGAAAUAUUCAGAAUGAAGAAGUUAGUACCAAUCAGAAUAUAAAUGUUAAUCAAUAUUCGACGAAUUUGAGUAAGAAUAGUAUAAAUGAAAGUGUUAAUUUAAAUGUUAAUGUUAAUAAUUCAGAAGGCAAUGCUUUCCCAGAAGACUAUUAUAGUGAAAUCGAUAAACUUCAAGCCCCAUCUGUAUCGAAUUGGACAAGUUGGCCGGAAGACUUGCAAAGUGAUACUACACAAACUUAUGCUAACGUUGCAAGUCAUAAUUUACCAACAACUUCCAAUGGACAGCCAUCACCUCCACUGCCACCGCCAUUGCCACCUCCUCCCCCUCCUAUAGGUCCUAAUGAAAGUCCACCCAAGCCUAAAUCUAAUCACGAUCUUGCCCAAAAUUUAAGCGAAUUAAAUAUAAAUUCGCAGAAUGUUACUUCGCCUAAAAAAUUGGAUCCGGCGUUUCUUGCUGAAUUAGAAAAACAUUUAGGUGAGAAGGAAGCAAGUAAAAAUACUAAUGCCACUCAACAACAUUCUAACGAAUCGCAUACGUAUACGUUGAUCAAUAAGUUACAAGAUAAUUCGACUAUACCGGCACUGCGCCCACCACCGCAAUCGAUAAAACCAAAAUCUCCGCAAAUGGAUCAAAGGACGAGCAUGCAUCUACCUAGCAAAGUGCAAAAUUCGAUGCAAUCUAAAAAUACGAAUAUACAAAAACCAAUGGUGCAACAAGAGCAUCGUUUCGUUGAAAGCACUACGGAUGCCAUUGUAGGACAAAUGUGGCAACAGGCACACUCUCAAGUACACUUGCAAAGUAAUUAUUCCGUAUCAACAGAUCCAAAUGUUAAUCGCAUAUCACCGGUCGUAAAUAUGCCACAGAUAAACGUUAAUUUACUUCAAGUUGCUCCUAGUAAUUUAAUUCACGCGACGAGUAACUUGAAUAGCUCUCAAUACGGUUCUAAAAGUGCCACAGAAACGACUUCCAAUCACGCGCAAAAUUUUACAUCCACGAGUCAGAACUACUUCCAGCAACAAAACGUUCCCCUUCUAACUAUAAGCCGUAAUCAUGGAAUAACACAAAUACAAAAUGAUUUACAACAGGCGCAAUCAUCUAGUGCCACCAAUACAAAUACCAUUUCAAAGCCCGCUAUGUUUGCCACUGGUACAAUGUUUUCAGAACAAGUGUACGUUGAAUUGAAACAGACAGUACCUAAUUUAGAACAAUUAUCUCAAAAUGAAUUUAAUACCCUUUAUAAUAAGACUGUUCAACAGAAUAUACUCAGAAAUUAUUAUGCUUCUGGUGCAUCGCCAGCGAAUACCAUUGUGGAUCAAAAUCUAAGUCAUAGUCAUGUAAAUUAUCAAGAUACAGCUAGCUAUAAUCUUCAACAACAACAACAAAUUCAAGCUGUUCAAGCAUCUAAAAACUAUGCACUUCAAAAUCAUCCUUGUGAUUUUAGCCCACAUUUAAAGCAACCGCCUGUAUAUAAUCCUCCGCCUGCUUGGAGUCCACUUAAAUCGGUGCAAAAUGGUUUUAUAAGAAAUCAGCAUACCGCAACGAAAUCAAAUUUAACAGCUAAUCAGAGUGGGAAUUCAAAUGUAUUGCAGUCCGUACAUAUUAAGUCGCCGCAUCAAACUAAUGCCACAACGUCACAAACAUUACCAAUACGCAAUGUACAGUCUCACAUGAACGAAACUGUUAUCAAUACUCAAUUAGCACCUUCCACGUCGGCAUAUCCAUCUGGUGUUAGUCCGCCUUUGACAGGAGCUUCCCAGCAAUUAGUUAUGUCUCUCAAUGAUGAAUUUCGUGCAACUAAAAUAAUGAGAGUACAAAGAGAUAUAGCGGAUGCGUCGCAACAAGAAAUUUUAGCUGCGUUACAAGCCACUGGAUGGGACACGGCACAAGCGGUCAAACAGAUUAUGAAAGAUAGACUCGUUAAAUUAGAAUCUCUUAAGAGGCUAGGUUUGGCAGAUAGACAGCAAUGCGAAAAUGCUCUUAAGCAGACUGAUUACGAUGUAGAAAGGGCGGCUUCACUGCUACUAGAUCAAGCUAAAUAAAAAAUAAAUAUGAAUUAAAUUGAAAAAUACAAGUGACAUUAAUAUGAAGUAUUUCAUGAUUGAAAGUACAGUAAUUUCAGUUCUUUUUUUUUUUUUUUUUUUUCUUUUUUUUUGAAUGCUUAAAAAAAUGUUUAUAGAGUAUAUUUGACCUUAGAAAUUGUUAUUUUAUCGAAGGGUUCAUUGCUCUGAUAUUUAGAAAACGUUGCAUUCCAAUAAGACGAUAAAGAACAAAUUUGGAGUAUGCAGUUCUACUUAAUUGUACAGCAAAUGGCCAAAUAGAGAAGGGAAAUGUUUUUAUUCCAUUAAGCGAAAAAUGAUAUUGCAUAAUGUUUAUGCAUAAUAAUUAUUCAGAUAUAAGCGAAACGCAAAAUGAAAAGAUGUGAUGUUGUUCUCUCGUCAUAUUAUUUUGAAGAUAUAUAUAUAUAUAUAUAUAUAUAUAUAUAUAUUUAUUUACAAACACACACACAUACACGCGCAUACAUAUAUACAUUUUCAACGAAAAAGAUUGAUUAUGCUCAGUGAACAGUCCUUCAAAUUAAUUUCAUACAUAUAUAUUUAAUAGCUAUAAGAAGGCUGCUGUAUUAUACCUAACUUGUUUUAAAGUUAGACAUUAUUCGAUUAGUGCGGUUUAUUCAAAUGUAUUGACCUUUAAAGAGUCGUAUUAAGAUUAUUAAGGUCGUUUUCUAAUUAUGACCAUGAUUACGGAAAAAGAAAAGAAAACACAGAAAGAAAAAAAGCAGAAAAAUGAUAAAACAAACAGUGUUGCGAAAAAGAUCAAUCUGAAACUGUGAUAUGCGUUACUAAAGGCUCUAGGUGGUAUUAUUGAAAAAAAAGAAAGAAAAAAAAAAAAGAAAAAAAUA